AAAUCACCACUGCAUUACUUCCUUAAGUCAGGCAAGCAAAAUGAAAACAAGGUGUUUUAGAUAAAAGGAGAACUCUCUGAUGGCAUUACAUGUGUCCGCGUGGCUGCUGUUGACCCUCACUGUGGUGGGUAACACGGUGUUCGUCACUGCCUGUUCAGACCAGGAGUUCACCUGCAGUCAGGGCUCGUGUGUGGAUCAGGACCGCGUGUGUGACUUCACUGACAACUGUGGAGACGGCAGCGACGAGGAGAACUGUUCUGCAUAUACGAGGUGUGAUUUUGAGGAUGGAUUCUGCAGCCUCACCCAAAGUUCUGAGGCUCUCUCUGAGUGGAUCAGAACGAGUGAGGCUGCAGGACUUGGACAGGACCACACCAACACCUCAGCACAUUUUCUGUCUCUUCUGGCCGUCGGAGGAAAAAGAACCACUGCAGACCUGAACAGUCCAGUCUUCCUGCCCAGUUCCWCCUGCCAGAUGAGUUUCUACCAUUAUGUUGGGGCAGCACAUGGAGAAAUUGAGGUUCUGGUUCAGCCUCAGCCUCAUUCASAGGGUCAGACCACUGGAGUUUGGAAAAGCUCCACUCAGCUGCAGACAGAAACAUGGCAGCGGAGUGUAAUCAGCUUCUCUGAUAAACACAGUUUUCAGGUGGUAAUUCGAGGGGAACUUUCAGCCAGCAGUGACGCCUCUGAGGUCUUGGCCAUUGAUGAUUUAUCCUUUGGUCCUGGCUGCCUGGUUGUACCUGAGAGCAGUGCUCCCCCGCCACCUCUCUGCCCCCCGUCGUGGUUUCAGUGCGGUGAAGGGGAAUGUGUCGAGGAGAGCAAAGUGUGUGACUUUACGCCACAUUGUUCUAGUGGAGAGGAUGAAGCCAACUGCCCCUCUGAGUGUAACUUUGAGAGCGGCUCAUGUGGCUGGUAUGAGCUCACGUUUGGUGACGGCUUUGACUGGAUCAGAGGAUCAUCUGCGGUGGUACCUCCAGACUAYUAUGGUCACCCUCCUUUACCAGACCACUCUACUAACAGCACUGAAGGUCAUUUCAUGUUUAUACUGAAGUACAGCAGCAGUCUGUAUCCGAAUGCCGUCCUCCUAGGGCCCUGGUUCCAGCAGUCAGCCCCUGGGUGCACCAUGACCUUCUGGCAUUAUAACUCAGGCAUAUCUGUUGGGGCUGCUGACAUGUACCUUCAAUUUAAAGAAGCCCAAAACAACACGGUGAUAUGGAAGACGCUGUACGACCAGGGGAGGCGCUGGAAUCAGGUCACCGUUCAGCUGGGUCGCAUCACUCAGCCCUUCCAGAUCGCCUUCUCCAAAAUCAGCCUCGGCGUGUUUGACGGCAUUUCCGCUUUCGAUGACGUCUCCUUCAGUAAUUGUUCGAUGCCGCCGGCGGUGUCCGAGUGUCCASCGGACACACAUUUCCACUGCGUGCGCACCAAAGUGUGUGUGGAGCAUCUGCAGCUGUGUGACCUCGUGGAUGACUGUGGAGAUGGAUCAGAUGAAGAAGGAUGCUCUCCAGAACUUCAGUGUGACUUUGAAGACGGGCUGUGCAACUGGAAACAAGAAACCAAAGGAGGAGAUAAUUUUGACUGGACUCUCAUUAAUGGCCCAACUCCAACCUUUGACACAGGCCCCUUUAAGGACCACACAUUGGGCUCUUGGUACGGCCACUACCUUUACAUCGAGUCCUCUUCCCCGCAGGAGUUUAAAGACACAGCUGUGCUGCUGAGUCCAGUCUUCAAACCCACCUACAAGCCUGGAAAAGACCACUGUGUUUUCCGCUUCCACUACUGCAUGUUUGGGCGUCAUGUGUUCAGCCUGGCAGUGUACCUGAGGACCACAGCUACAGGCAAAGGCCCUUUGCUCUGGGCAAAAUAUGGAAACCAGGGAAACCUGUGGCACAGGAAGACUCUGUACCUCCACAGCGCUCAGCCUUUCCAGAUUUUAAUUGAAGGCACAGUUGGAGAUGAUUUUAAAGGAGACAUUGCCGUCGACGACCUUUCCUUUCUGAACUGUGAGACAAUAGAUGGUGAACUCCCCCCACCGAUCACCCCAGCGACGACCCCCCCAGCCACCACCGUUCUGCCCCACAGCUGCCCAGAAGGGCAGUUUGUGUGUGGAGCGUACGGCGAAUGUGUUAAACUCAGUCAAGUGUGCGACUUCAAAAACGACUGUUCUGAUGGGUCAGAUGAAACAAACUGCGUAAAGGAAAGAUGUGAUUUUGAAGGAGGUGAUACGUGUGGUUGGACAAUCUUCCAACCUUCUUUAGUCCUGAACAAUGCCUUUAUCUGGGCGACGAACCAAGGAGAAACAAUUCAUGAUGGAGAGCAGGACCACCGUCCUGCAAACGAUCACACCUUAAACAGCCCUGAGGGGUGGUAUAUGUGUGCAGACAGUUCAAAUGGUGGCUACGGUCAAAUUUCUGACCUCCAAACACCUGUCAUCUCUGUCACUGGGCCACACUGCACUCUGGUCUUCUGGUACCACAUGAGUGGAUUCACCGUAGGAUCCCUUCAGGUGCUGCUCAGGCACAAGAACGAAACUCAUGUAGUUUGGUCUCAGAAUGGAAACCAAAACAACACAUGGAGACGAGGAGAGGUGUUCCUGGGAUUAACAGACGAUAUCCAGGUGAUUUUUAGGACCAAACGGGGGAUUAGCUACAUGGGUGAUGUGGUGAUAGAUGAUGUCAGCUUCCAGGAUUGCUCACCUCUGCUUCCAUCAGACAAGCCGUGCACAUCAGAGCAGUACGCCUGCGCUAACGGCCACUGCAUCCCUCAGGACAACUUGUGUGACUUCAUCAACCACUGUGGGGACAGUUCAGAUGAGAACCCCUAUAUCUGCAAGGGCUUCAGCGRACACUGUGAUUUUGAGUUUGACCUCUGUUCCUGGCGCCAGUGCCGGCAAGAUGACUUUGAUUGGCUGGUCAAAGUGGGCAGCACUCCAACUAUUGGAACUGGACCAUCGAGUGACCACACCCUGCGGGACCCCUCUGGACACUACCUGUACCUGGAGAGCUCUUUCCCUCAGAGAGUCGGUGAUAUUGCCCGUGUGACCGGACCCUUCAUGAGCAAGAGGAGCUCCCAGUGUAAGAUGCGUUUCUAUUUUCACAUGUCAGGAGAUGGUAUUGGGACCCUUAGCGUUUUUAUCAAAAUCGAAGGAUAUCAUCACCUCCUGCUGAACCUGACCGGAGAUCAGGGCAACUACUGGCAGAUGAGGGAGAUCCAGCUGAGCUCCUCCAGAGACUUCCAGGUGGUGUUUGAGGGCAAGGUGGGGCACAGUGAGAAGGGGGACAUCUGCUUGGAUGACAUCACCUUCUCUCCUGGGUGCCUUCUUGCACCCUCAAAUCCAGUAACGGACAUCAUUCCUCCAUCAGAAGGGUUUUGUCCUCCAGGUUCCAUGCUUUGUGAUGGAGGUGCCUGUUUCACACCUGAGCAGAUGUGUGACUUCAUAGAUGAUUGUGGUGAUGGCACUGAUGAAAAGGAGUGUGGGACAUCCUGCUCAUUUGAGAAAGGUAUAUGUGGCUGGAAGACGUCGCUGGCUGAUAAUUUUGACUGGACUCUCGGCACCGGAUCUGUGCAAAGCAUUCGGCCUCCUUACGAUCACACACUGAUGAAUGAGAACGGUCAUUUUAUUUAUCUUGAAGCGACGCCAGUGGGACUUAAAGGGGAUAAAGCUCACAUCAGGAGCUCUGUUUGGAAAGAGUCCAGUGCUCUGUGUAAACUCUCCUUCUGGUACUACAUUUCCCAUAAGGCCACGGGCACCAUCCGGCUUCUGAUCAAGACAGAGAACAACUUAAUGGAGAUGUGGAAUAAAACGGGGCAUCAGGGAAACAAGUGGAACCGGGCGGAAGUCCCGCUCAGGAAGCUGAGGAACUUCAAGGUGAUUUUUGAGGGAAUCCGCUCCUUCGACGUGAGCGGAGGAGCCGCGCUGGACGACCUGGAGUUUAUCGACUGUGCUCCAAGUGCUGUGGAGCCAGGAAAUUGUCCCGCAGUCACAGACUUUGUGUGUCRCAACGGCGACUGCAUCGAGUCCCACCUGGUGUGCGACAAUAAGGCCGACUGUGCUGAUGAGUCRGAUGAGAUGGACUGCGACCACAUAUUUGACUCACCGGGCGCCUGUGACUUCAACAUGAGGGCGGAGAGCUGGGAAGAGCACUGCCAGCUCUUUCAGGACAUCGAUGAUGACUUCGAUUGGAGGAUCGGCCACGAGGCUGAGACACCAGGAGCCGGACCUCACACUGACCACAGUCCAGGUGGUGGGGGGAACUUCCUCUACAUACACUCRGCCCCUCAGAGGGAAGGGGAUGUUGCCAAGGUGACAACCAGAAAUCCAUUUCCUGCCAGCAUUGGUCUGUGUCACCUGCGCUUUUGGUUCUUCAUGCACGGCUCUGACAGGAUGGGAACACUAAAGGUUUACACUGUUGGACAGAGCGGYACACGCUUGCUGAUGUGGGCAGCCACUGGUGACCAUGGCAACCAGUGGACAUACGCCAACAUCAUCCUGUCCAACACGGCUCCGUUCAGAACRACCUUUCAGGCGGAGGUGGGCGGAGACGUGUGGACAGACAUCGCCCUGGAUGACAUCUCUUACACAGCAGAGUGUAUGGUUGGAGGACCUGUAACUCCUCAGCCCCUGACCUGCGGUGCGGACCAGUUCCAGUGUCUGCACUCCUUCCAGUGUAUCCCCAAGAGCUGGUGGUGUGACAGGGAGCCGGACUGCACGGAUCGCUCUGACGAGGAGCUCUGCCCGACCGCGUUGCCCGGAACUCUGCCUCCUCAGGAUCGCUGCCCCAUGGGUCAUUAUCAGUGUUCAGACCUUCAGUGCAUCCCCUCCUUACUGCGCUGUGACGGGGUCUUCGACUGCCCUGAUGGAGAGGAUGAACACGGCUGCCCUGUCCUACAGUGUGAGGCAGGGGAGCUGGUGUGUGAAAGUUUGCCCGGUUGUAUCCCACCUUUUAAACGAUGUGACCAAUCUACCGACUGUCUGCCGUUCCACCCAGAUGAAUCCAGCUGCCGUGAAUGCCCAUCGAUGUAUUGCCUGAAUGGGGGUGCAUGCUUUAUAGAAACAUUUGGGCCUUAUUGCAUAUUCUGUGUACGCUGCCAUCAGCAUCGGUUUGCUGCUGCUCGCAGCUGGAGUUGCCGUGUGUUUUCUCGCUCUGUGCAGGAAAAAAUGCAAUUUUACAAAGCCCGAUCCAAUGAAAUACGUGGUGAUGGACGAUCCAAACGCCGCCUGGAGAGCAGGGCUCCCAACAGUGGACCAAAGAGCAGCUGGUUGUCCUGACAUUGACCCAAAAAAAAGUGACGGUCACGGGCUUUCCAUCAGCGUCUACCCCUGGAGAAGAGAUCAGGAGGGUUCGAACUGGAGCGAUGCCAAGCUGUCCUUCUCCAACCCGUUGUACCRUUACCCUCCUGAUGCUGAAGGUGCUGACAACAGAAGCUCUGACGCCUAAAACUGAUGACCUUUAGAUCAGUCUCAGUGGGWGUUUUCAGUCAAAAUAGCACAAAGCAAGACAUGAACUGUGGAGAGUUAAACAUAAACCUAAACAUCUGGCUGCAAAAGGUUGGACUUUCCCCGAGUGGAUCUGAUUUGAAGUCUAUGGAGAUGUUAACACAUUUGUUUUUUUUGAAAAGCUCCAUUUUUUGAGCAAACAUCACGAAGAAAACUAUUUAAAAACGAAAGCCCCCUACCCCCACUUCCCACCCUCAUAAUAAUUUAGAACAUUUUAGCCCUUUUUUACAAUCAUCGUAGCAGAUACAUAACAACCAGUCCAGAUUGCUGCUUUUCUCGUUAACAUGCAGGUGUUGGACAAGUUGAAAUGUGAGAUUCAUUCUUCCUCUUCUACACUCACAUCCUUUUGCCUUAUUUUUAUUUUAUCUUCUUUAUCUGAAAUGUUUUUUAUAUAACGCAUGCUGCAAGACAAGCACUAAACAACAUUAUCAGUAAUAAUAAAGACUUAAAGGUCAGUGAUAAACUUAGAUUUCCAUGUCUUUUGACAAUCAGUAUUUUUAUUACAUGAUAUUCUUUUUGUUUCAAAUGAUAAAACAAAUUAUCUUUGUUUAGCUAAAACUCUGAUUUGGUUCAUUUCURGUCCACCAAAUCAGUGGUGCCUCCAUCUUGAAAAUUUAACAAAGUAAAUAUGGUGUAAACAAUAAUUGAUUACAUGAAUAAACCAAACUAAGGCCAUUGUGUUGAUUUGUAUAAGAAUAGCUUUAAUAUAGCACUGAAAUAGCUAUGGGACAGUUAUUGAUAGUUUAAUAGAUAGAUUGAUGUUCUCGAUAAUAAAUGUGCAUAACUUUAAAGAUGCUGUCAUAUUUUGUAAUAAAUGUUUGGUAAAUGUU